AUGGGUCUCCUCUAUCCUGCCAGCACUGCUACCGUGUCACUCCUGGUGAUAGGAGGAUACAUGCUCUUCCAUGGCGAUGGCGAACAAUUCAAUGUCGGCCAAUUUCUCGAAUCCGUGUCCCCGUACGCCUGGGCGAACCUUGGUAUUGCGAUGUGUAUCGGUCUAUCGGUUGUAGGAGCUGCAUGGGGUAUCUUCCUGACGGGCUCUUCGAUUGUCGGUGGUGGUGUCAAGGCGCCUAGAAUUCGGACGAAGAACCUGAUUUCGAUUAUCUUCUGCGAAGUCGUUGCCAUCUACGGAGUCAUCAUGGCUAUUGUGUUCUCUUCGAAGCUUAACCUUGUGGACAACGAGGAGCUUAUGUCGGGCGGUAGCUACUACACCGGCUAUGGGCUCUUCUGGGGCGGUCUCACGGUGGGCGCAUGCAACCUGAUCUGCGGCGUUUCUGUCGGCAUGAACGGAAGUGGUGCGGCCCUGGCCGAUGCUGCUGACGCUACCCUCUUUGUCAAGAUCCUCGUCAUUGAGAUCUUCAGUUCUGUCCUCGGUCUCUUCGGCCUUAUCGUCGGGCUCCUGAUAGCAGGAAAGGCGACCGAUUUCGGAGCCUAG